UGUAUCCUUUGAAACAGUGCUGAGCUACUUUAACAAAUAUUAAAACAUCUUAAACUAAAUUAGGAAUAUGUAACUGAUGUCUGAAUUAUACUUUUACAUUUAAUAAGCAUUAUAAUUUUGUGGGCAAACAACAGUAUGCAGACAAUGUUUUGGAGCUUCCAAACCAAGAGUCUCGGGUUCAUUAUGGGAUCCAUCAUGGCAGUUAACUGCUUUUACAGUGUUUAGGUGCCAGGCGCUGUUUGGACACUUUACACAUACUAACUUAUCUAAUUCUCUCCACAGUCCUAUGAGGUAGAGACUUCUUAUCAUACUCGUUGAACAGAUAAGAAAACUGGCAGAAGGAGGUUAAGUAAUUUGCCUGAAGCCAAAGAGUGAGUAAGUAACAGAGAUGGAUUCCAGAUUCAGUUGCUCUUAACCACCUGCAACUGCCAAGAUGGAAUAAAACCAUUUCAAAGAAUGCGUAACCCCUUGCUUUUGGGAAAUAAUAGUGUUUUCACAGCGUCUAUACUCUGAACAGUUUUCUUCUCUGUAAACUAGUGCCACCCUUCCAGGCAUCCUCAUUACUCCCUCCCCUCCCCGUCUGGCUUCAGAACCCUUUCUCCUCUCCACUGGUCCAAAGCCUCAGUGUUUCGAAAUAACAGCAAAGUCACCUGCAACCCUCAGGUGGAGUGGUUCUAAAUUUCUGGUGGCCAGAGGGCACUUAGGAGCAGGGGAUUCAGCCCAAUAAGGCUCAAAGCAGAGCUGUGGGUGGGGCCAACGGAGGGGGUGGGAACUGAGCCCAGGCUGACUUGCCUACAUUGUGAAGCCGGCUGCUCAGAGCGGAGCCAUGAGCUGGACCUGCCCGCGUUGCCAGCAACCUGUUUUCUUCGGUGAGGCCUAGGCUGAGGAAGGGGAGAAGAUGGGGCGAGAGAGAGCUGUUGGGUUCCUUGAGAAUGCAAGGAGUUGGUGACAGUGUGCUCCCAGACCCCCUUUCUACCUGUGGGGCGCAGGGCACUUGGGCAGGGGAUGGAGCUGGCCUCCGGGAGACACUCCCCACUGUCUCUAGGAAUCAGGGCGGGCAGGACCGAGAGGGGAAAGGAGGGCACCUGUUGGACUGGGCCCCCACUACCCAGUUCCACCUUGUCCCCGACAGCAGAGAAGGUGAGCUCCCUGGGCAAGAACUGGCACCGCUUCUGCCUGAAAUGUGAGCGCUGCCACAGCGUCCUGUCCCCAGGAGGGCAUGCAGAGCACAACGGGAGACCAUAUUGCCACAAGCCAUGCUAUGGGGCUCUCUUUGGACCCAGGGGGGUGAACAUUGGUGGUGUGGGCUCCUACCUCUACAAAUCCCCAACUCCCAGCCCUGCCAACAACACCCCCCUCAGCCUCAGCAGCUUCAGCCCCCCCAGACCCAGGACUGGCCUCCCCCAGGGCAAGAAAAGCCCUCCCCACAUGAAGACAUUCACUGGGGAGACGUCACUGUGCCCCAGCUGUGAGGAACCCGUCUAUUUUGCUGAGAAGGUGAUGUCUUUGGGCAGAAAUUGGCACCGACCCUGUCUGAGGUGCCAGAGGUGCCGGAAGACCCUGACUGCUGGGAGUCACGCUGAGCAUGACGGCGUCCCCUACUGCCACAUUCCCUGCUAUGGCUACCUGUUUGGCCCCAAAGGUGUGAACAUUGGUGAUGUGGGCUGCUACAUCUAUGACCCUGUGGAGAUAAAAUCCAAAUGAGAUGCUCACAGGAGAGGUCACCCUAAUUCAGGCCUCCCAUCAUCCCCUCCAUGGUCCAGUGGGAGCUACAGAAUUCUC